AUGGCCAACCAUCACCCUUCGCCGACCAUGGCCAUGCAGGGGCAGCAGCAUGGCGGCCCCCCUGGACCCCCUCCGCCGCCGGGUAUGCAGCAAGGGCAGAACUAUGCACCUUCGCGACAAAUCCUCCUCAUGAACGAAGCUGUCUGGAUGCAGAUUGGCAGUUUCGCUGAACUCCUUGGAAAUCUCGAGGAGGCAAUGAAGGCUUACGAUCGCGCCCUCCAAGCAAACCCGCAGUCGGUCGCGGCAAUGAAUGCCAUCAGUUUGAUCCUGCGAACGCGCGAAGAGUUUCACAAGGCAGUUGACUAUCUGCAAGCAAUACUCAAAAUCGACAAUACCAAUGGCGAGGCCUGGGGCAGCCUGGGUCACUGCUACCUUAUGAUGGACGACUUGCAGCAAGCCUACGCCGCAUACCAGUCUGCCUUGGUCAACUUGAGGAGCCCCAGGGAGCCCAAGCUAUGGUAUGGCAUUGGUAUCCUUUACGACAGAUACGGCUCUCUUGAGCAUGCCGAAGAGGCCUUUUCUCAGGUUAUGCAGAUGCAGCCGGAUUUCGAAAAGGCCAACGAAAUCUACUUCCGUCUCGGAAUAAUAUACAAGCAGCAGCAAAAGUACGGUCAGAGUCUAGAGUGCUUCAAGUACAUCGUCAACUCCCCGCCCCCUCCUCUCACCGAAGAGGAUAUUUGGUUCCAAAUCGGCCACGUUCACGAGCAGCAGAAGGAUUACGAUAGUGCCAAGGCAGCGUACCAGAGAGUUCUGGAACGUGAUCCUAGUCACGCAAAGGUCCUGCAACAGCUGGGCUGGCUUCAUCAUCAGCAGAGCAGCAGCUUCCAGAGCCAAGAGCGAGCUAUCGAGUUCUUGGAGAAGUCCGUUGCCGCCGACCAAGGCGACGCGCAAAGCUGGUACCUUCUUGGUCGCUGCUACAUGUCUCAACAAAAGUACCCCAAGGCAUACGAAGCAUACCAACAGGCCGUUUACCGCGAUGGAAGGAAUCCGACUUUCUGGUGCUCUAUCGGAGUAUUGUACUACCAGAUCAACCAAUACCGCGAUGCCCUCGACGCUUACUCUCGUGCCAUCCGGCUCAACCCCUUCAUUUCCGAGGUCUGGUAUGACUUGGGCACAUUGUACGAAUCUUGUAACAACCAGAUCAGCGAUGCGCUUGACGCCUACCAGCGCGCUGCAGAGCUUGACCCUCAGAACCCCCACAUUAAGGCUCGUUUGCAGUUGCUGAGAAACGGCGGCGCCAACGGAGGACAGCCUCCUAGCGCUCCUCAGCCUGCCGAUGUUCAUCCCCAGGCUUACCAGGUCGGCCCCCCGGCUCCCCAGUGGGGAAGCUCUGCUCCUCAGUCGCAGCAGCAGGGACAGCAGCCUCCUCCGCCUCCUGGACCCGGCGGUCCUGGAAGCAACGGCUGGGGUCGGCUUGCGGACAUCAACCCUCCUCCUCAGCCACCCAACCCGUAUGAGCAGCGUGGCGAGUUCCGUGGCCCAGCUCCUCCCAUGCCGCGACAGCCUAGCCCGAGACAGGAGCAGCAGCAGCAACAACAGCAGCAGCAGCAACAACAACAACAACACGGUGGUCGCCCGCCGUAUCCCGAGCCGCUUCGUCGGAUGGCUAGUCCGCCAUCUCACUACGCAGGACCGCCGCAGCCGCCUCAGCAGCCUCAGGGUCCUCCCACGUCUGCGCCGCGCACCAUCAAUCCUAACUACACUCAGCCGUCUUCUGCUCAGAUGCCCCCUAUGAACGUCGGUCCCAAUGGCCCUCCUAGCCAGCCGCCUCACUUCCGCGGCACCAACAGUCCCCGGCCCGGCGAGAGGCCCAUGCAUGACAACCGCAUGCCCUCCCCCAAGUCGGCGUACCCCCAACACCAGCCUCCUCCGCCGCCGCCGUACAGCCAUCACCCUGAUGGCCCCACCCCCGGACCCAUGGAGGCCAAUGCCCCGCCUCCACCUCCUCCGGGCUCGAUCACUGGAGACCCUGCAUCGCAGCGCAAUGAGCAUGACCGUCCUCCCUCUGUUGGCCCCAAGCGCAUGCGUGAGUGGGAGGAGGAGUCCUCUCACAAGCGACCUGCCAACGACGAGAACCGAGCCAGGCUCGACGACGUCCGCUCUCGCCGCCCGUCGACUCCUCCGGGACCCCGGGAUCAGUACCGUCGCAACUCGUCAGAGGCUCGCCGUUUUGAGGAUCAACGCCGUGCCGAAGACCAGCGCAGAGCGGAUGACCAGAGAAGGGCAGAGGACAUUCGGAGGGGCGAGGAGCAGCGCCAUGCCAACGACGGGUACCACCCGUCAGAGGCCGCGCACCACCAACCCAACCACCCUAUGCCCACUAACCAUCUCCCGCCGAUGCAGUCUGCCGCUGCGCCGAUGCAGAACAUCCUCCAUGACGGACCGCAGAACGGACCCGGGCCUGCUUCCGGGCCCGCUCCCGGCGUCAAGGAGUAUCCCGCUGAGGAGCGCCCGCCUAUUGAACACACCCCUGCUCCCCGGCCCCCGCAGCCCAGCGAGCCCGAACGUGCCGCGAGAAAGAUGGACGUUGAUGAGGACUACGACGAUAGCGGCGAGGACGAGAAGAAGGGCGCCGUCGCCACUACCAACGGGUCGGGCCCGGCUCCGGUGUCGGGGGAGACUAAGACGCCCACGAGCGCAAGCAUCAACGGCUUGAUGGGGCCUACUCCCAAGGUUGAGUCGACUUAA